AUGAGUAUUCGGAUUAAUGCAACUGUAAAUGAGGCCAGGGCUGCCGCAGGGCACAAUAGAGAGCAAUGGGACCGGUUCUACUUCAUAACGAAGGACGAAGCGAAGCAGCUCGCCGACGCUCACGAAGAGUGGACAAGAUGGAUCCUGAUACCCUCAGAUGAGAAGCACCGAUUGCUGGAGAGGAUCAACAGAAGGUUGCAAGCUGAGGGCAUACCGCCAGUCGAGAUGAUCAUUCUUAAGUGGCGAGUCUCGCAGCUCUUACGCGACAUCCAACGCAAAUACACUGAAGGAAGUAUGACAAAGGGAAUGCAGGGCUCGUCGUCCGGGUCGCCGAUGCAAGUUCAAACACAGUCACCGGAAAGCAGCACGCAGCAGUCGUCCAGCCCUCAGCGUUCGGAAUAUUCGCCAAGCGAGACCCGCCCGUAUGAUCCGAUCCGGGAUGUGUAA